GUCGCGGACCCACGCGCCGAACUCAGGGCGUCGGCCACCGCAGCGCAGCGCAGCGAUAUAGGACUCGAGGAGUCUGGGUCUGGCCUGUUCGCUGUCUGUCGGGGGGGCGCUACGCCCUGGUCUCCGAGUCCAUGGGUCAAGGGGCCGAGGGUUGUCGGCCUGUCGCCUGUCGCGAGUCGCAUGGAGCCGUGCUCGCAGGCGUCCCCGACUCGACUCCAGGUAUGACGACGAGCGACCGCGGCCGUGGAUCACGGACCAUGGCACUCCGGCCACGGACCAAGUGACGAUGCGCGCGCCAACGCUGUGCAGGUGGAUCGACCGUGUGGCAGUGGAGUCGUGGACCUGUGGACCUAUGGACCUAAACACUCCAUCCUACAUCCGCAAACCUGCCUACGGAUACCCAGCGGGCCAGACGUGCGUUAGUUACCACCCAUGGCCUGGAAGCCUUCCCUCCCUGCUACUGGUGGCCGUCUCGGCCGGGCCAGACUCCUCGCUGCUAAUACGGAGGAGUAUAGGCACUAGUUGCUCUGAAAUAGGUCUUCGUGCUAUUACCAGAACGCCCCCUCGACUCGUGUGGCUUGACUCAUACACCUCCCGCUCGCCGAACCCAGCACUGUCUCGGACCCCCAACGCUGCUGAUGGAGCGCCCGUUCGGGUUGUCGCGUGGGAACGCCUGGCCCAACAUGCCCCGAGCUUCCAUGAACCACCGAUCACAACUCACCUUCAUCUUUUCCGAAGUUGGGUGGCCUGGCGGUGGGGGUCCGCCCUCCUGCAUCGCGGGACCUCGCCGUUCAGCAGCUAAGUACGGAGUCCCAUGUACUAUGUAUGUUGCUGUUGUUGUCGGAGACAAUUUGCCUCAGUGCAGGUGCAGCUUCCCCCCUCGCGGAAACAGAAACGGAAAUGGGGAUGGGGGUUCAAUCUCCAAGACGCCUCGGAGGAUGCUGCAUCUAGGGAACCCUCUGCCCGGCUGGCCCCACGGCCAUGGGCUGGAGAGCUAGGGUCGCCCUGGUUUGUCCCAGGAUAAGCUGGAUGGCGGGGCCAUCUGGCCGAACGCCACAUGCAUCCCACGCGGCACGGCUUCCGG